CACCUUCUUCAAUCAUAGAGGCCCCCAACUCUGCCCUGUUCUCUUGGAACAAAAGGCCUGACUGACUGAAAUCACCAUCGACAAAAGGUGCCUCUCCCCCUCCCCACGACUCAUCCCCAAUAAGCAGACAUGGCGGAGAACAACAAGUCUACAGACUUCCAAAUUAUGGUUGCAAACAAGGAUGAUAACAAGAAGCAGUUGGCUCCUAAGAGAAGUUCCACCAAGGACAGGCACAAAAAAGUGGAUGGUCGAGGAAGGAGAAUAAGGAUGCCGGCUCUAUGCGCUGCCAGGGUUUUCCAGUUAACCAGAGAGUUAGGUCACAAAUCUGACGGUGAAACAAUUCAGUGGCUUUUACAGCAAGCAGAACCAUCAAUUAUAGCUGCAACUGGAAGUGGGACUAUUCCGGCUUCGGCUCUUUCGGUUGCAGGGGCCUCUGUUUCUGAACAGGGUAACUCUGCUUCAACAGGUUUGCAUACAAAGAUGGAAGGGCUAGGACCGGGUAUGGGGUCCGGAGGUAGGACCAAUUGGACAAUGAUGAGUGGCAAUUUGGGCAGAGCUCAUGCGCCAAGUGGGAUGUGGCCCUCUAUUAGUGGAAUUGGGUCAGGGUUUAUUCAUAAUUCAACCCAGUCGUCGUUGAAUCUCGGCAGCGAAAACUCAAAUUUCCUUCCUAAAUUUGGGUUUCCUGGGUUUGAAUUUCCUAAUAUGAAUUUGGGCCCAAUGAGUUUUUCCACAAUUAUGAGUGGAGCUAACCGUCAAAUCCCUGGUUUGGAGCUUGGGCUUUCGCAGGAUGGUCAUAUUGGGAUGUUGAAUUCUCAAGCUUUGAGCCAGUUUUACAGACAGAUUGGGCAGAGCCGUGGUGAUGCAGGCUCCUUGAAUCAACAUCAGGAACCUUCUGAUAAGGAUGAUUCUGAAGGGUCAAGGCAGUAGAAGUAGGAUUCUAAGAGAAAUUAAUCGUGACAAGUAGCAUAGCCAAGACUAAGCAGCUGAAUAGACUGCCCUGGUUUCUUGCUAGUCUAGAUGAGUGUUAGGAGUUCAUAGUUGAGAGAGUUUGGAAUUUACUUGGGUUUUUUUUCAUGUGUUGGGUGAUUCAAUACCGCAUUUUUCAUUUGCAGGAUUGAUUUUCUUUAUAAUGCAAAGUUUUCAUCCUGGUCUGCAACAUCAGGUUUUGCUCUUUCUAUAGCUCUUCAAAUGAAACUUCUUUCGUUUGAGCAGCUUACUGAAACACCUUCCUAUUCAUUCUGGUCUUUCACAGGCGCAGGGUGACCUACGAUUUUGAGGUGCAUUAUUUGCUAUCAAGAUCUUGUACUGCUUGGAAUUUUAUCUUAUUCUCUUACAGAUAUCGAUUUAAACGUGAUCUAUUUCUGAAAAUAAAAUUCAGAUGUA